UCCAGCCUCCACAGUAUCGCGUGGAGCUUGCCAGAAUGUGGCGUCUUUGCGGAUUCGUUCUGCUCCUUUGUGGUCUUGCUUCUGGCCAAAACAGCGAUGAAGAUCUCAGCAAGGCUAUUCCGGAUGAGGAUGAUCCCAUUGGAAGCAACAAGGAGCUGUCGGAUCUGGUCAUCACCACAGCGUUGGGCAAGAUUCGUGGAACUAUUCUUCCCUCGCAGUCAGGUCGCAAUUUCUAUGCCUUUCGUGGAAUUCCCUAUGCAAAACCACCAGUGGAUCGGCUUCGUUUCCAGCCACCAGAACCUGUGGAGCAGUGGUUUGAUACACUGGAUGCCACCUUCGAUGGUCCCAAGUGCCCACAGCUGGGACUUGUUAGUGGAGAUGUGAGCGAGGAUUGCCUCCGCGUUAAUAUAUACACCAAGGAGCUGCCCAACGAGUCGCAACCGAAUGUUAGAAGACCCGUGAUCGUAUUCAUCCAUCCUGGUGGCUUUUACUCUCUUUCCGGUCAGAGUAAGAACUUCGCCGGUCCUCAGUACUUCAUGAAUCGUCGGCUGGUGCUGGUCACCUUCAAUUAUCGCCUGGGAUCGCUCGGAUUUCUGGCCACAGGAACAAGGGAAGCACCGGGCAAUAUGGGACUCAAGGACCAGGUGCAGCUCCUUCGGUGGGUCAAGCUGCACAUCUCUCGCUUCGGAGGAGAUCCUACCUCUAUCACUCUUUUGGGUUACGGAGCUGGAGCGAUGGCAGUAACUCUGCACAUGGUUUCACCCAUGUCAAGGGGUCUCUUUCAUAAAGCCAUCGUAAUGAGCGGAGCAGUAACAGGUCAGUGGUCACUACCGGAUCACCAAAUGGAUGUGGCCACCAAGCAGGCCACCUUGCUCCACUGUCACACGGAGAACGUUACCGAAAUGAUGGAUUGCCUUAAAGGGAAACACUACCUGGAAUUCGCGAACACCUUGCCGAAAAUGUUUGAGUUUGACAGAAACAAUCCCUUGAUAUUGUGGAAGCCUGUUAUUGAGCCAGACUUUGGACAGGAACGCUUCCUAGUUGAGGAACCUAUAAGAAGUUACCAAAACGAUGAUUUCAUGAAGGUACCCAUCAUUACGGGAAUGACUAAGGAUGAGUUUGUGGGCCCAGCUUUAUCCAUCCUCCAAAGUCCAACUCUGCUGAGUGCUCUUAAUGAAAACUUUGAGUCCUUGGCUCCCGUGUUCUUCAUGUACAACACUAGUGAUUCCCGAGCAUGUAACAUAAGUCAGGAGCUGAGGAACCACUACUUCCCGGAGAAACUCAUCGAUGCGAAUCGUUCGCUGGAGGCUUUAUCUAAUCUCUACUCGGAUGCCUUGACCGGUUUCGGAAUCCAUCGCUUUGUCCAUCUGGCAGCCAGGUCUACGAAGGUCUACUACUAUCGAUUCUCGUAUCAGGGUGCAAGGAGUCACAUCUAUUACCCAGAAGAUGCACCCUAUGGUGUCGUCCACCACGAUGAUCUGAUGUAUCUGUUUGUGGAACCCUCGAUAAGUCGCAUGUUUACGGAAGAUGAUGAUGAAUUUCGCAUGGUUGAUAUUAUGGUCCGCAUGUUCUCAGCCUUCGCUUACAAGGGCGAUCCCAAUAAACCCACCGAUUUGGCUCUGAGGGAUAUACGCUGGCGACCUUUCAGCUUUAAAAAGCGCUACUAUCUUGACAUUGGAAAGCACAUAACUCUUGAGGAGAAUCUGAACGCCGAGAACUACGAGAUCUGGAAACGACUAUUUCCCCUCAACUGGCGACGUCAGACGAAGGAUGUUUAAAGGACGAUGCUUUGAGCACAACUGUACUUAUCAAAUACAGGCCACUAGGCAUAUUUAUUUAAA